AUGACCUACCAGGCUCCGUUCUUCCCGUUUUUGGGGUGCAGGAGGCCCCCGAUGGAGCAGGUCACCGGAGGCACCAUGAUCCUCUCCAGCCCUUCACCACCAUCAUGUGUACCUGUUCAUCAUCUACAUCAUCUACAGCGUGUGGAGAAGGAGAACGGAGAGGACGAGGAAGAGCCGGCGGUGUGUCUGGAGGGCGUCGAGCUCUGGAGGAAGUUUCACCACAUCGGUACCGAGAUGGUCAUCACCAAGUCCGGCAGGCGGAUGUUCCCCUCGUUACAGUUCCGCUGCAGCGGUUUGGACAGAAGGUCCACCUACAUCCUGCUGAUGGACAUGGUGACGUCGGACAGCUGCAGGUACAAGUUCCAGAAGUCCUGCUGGGCAGUGGCGGGAAAAGCCGAUCCUGAGGUGCCCAAGCGCAUGUACAUCCACCCCGACAGUCCGGCCUCGGGGGAGCACUGGAUGUCCCGAAUCGUCACGUUUAACAAACUCAAACUGACCAACAACACGGCCGACAAACACGGAUUCAUGAUUCUGAACUCGAUGCAUAAAUACCAGCCGCGGUUACACAUGGUGAGAUGUGAUGAUCUGCUCCAGGUUCCGUACAGCUCCUUCAGAACCUUCAUGUUCCCUGAAACCCAGUUCAUCGCUGUUACUGCCUACCAAAACCACCAGAUCACGCAGCUGAAGAUCGAUAAUAAUCCCUUCGCUAAAGGAUUCAGGGACACAGGAAAUGGGAGGAGAGAAAAAAGGAAACACGUUAAGGUGCAGCUGAGGAUCAGGAGUUUUGAUCAGAAUAAGGAUCUCAGAUCUCCUGACGUCUCGUCCUCUGAUCGUCUGAAUAAAGUCCUGCAAGUUCCUACAGUCGCAACAUCUACACCCACAGAUGAUUGUGAGAGCGAUAACGACAGCGAUGAGGAAUCAGAGACCUCAGUUCAUCAGCAUGAACUCAACUCUAGGGAUGUUUCUACCACCUUCACCUCCAGAGAGAUCUCCACCCCGAGAGAUUUACCCACCACCACCAUCUCCACCACCCUCAGCCAUCAGGAGAAGCUGAAGUACCCGUCGCUGAAGCUCAAAUGUGCCAGUGAGCUGAAGGACCAGAGCGGCGGUUCUGAGAUGUUAGACGUGACGUCUGAAGCUGAAGAACCUCUGAGGAGCAGCGUUCCAGACCACCAGAUUCUCCGUGCCGUGAGAGGAACACCACGACUGCUGCCAAACCAUAACUAUGGGAAUCUCUGGAUGCCUCGUGUACAAGUCGCAGAAGAAAAUGCUGCUUCUCACCAGGGAAUUGUGGGAAAUCUUUCACUGUGCUUUCAUCCACCUGAAAUAACCUCACAGGCCGUGAUCAUCUCGCCCUGCUCUCCUCAUCAUCACUGUGUGCUGGUGACACCGUGGACUCCCCCGACACACCUCGUACCCGCUGUGAGGUACCGACCCCUCUGUGCCCCGUACCCACCGCCACAGCUGCUCCAGACACGCCCGCUUCACCCCGACGCCCGGCCAGACCGAGGGGUCGGCAGAGGUCGAAGGUCGACGAUGCUGCCGUCAGUCCAAAAGACGUUACAGUGAACUGAACGAAACCGAUCAUGUAAAAAUCAUAGCGUUUAAAUAAAUAGCGUUUACUUUUUUUUUCUGUUUUUGUCAAUAAAAA